AUGCAGUCAUUUCUUCAACGACGGAGAAUAGCAGCUCGAUCAGUGCUACAAUUGACAGAAAAACCCCCAAUCAGCCUAUCCGAGUCCGAUGAGACAGCCAUCAGUAAACCCGAGGCGUCAUCCCACGAGCAACAGCACGAAGAAGAUAUUGAUGUCAAUCCUCGAAAAUGGCCAAUGUGGAAAAAGCUCAGUGCGACUCUGAUUAUUACAGCGAUAUCCUUCGUUGUUCAAUAUGCCUCGGCCGUAGACUCUGCCGCAGCUGAAAGGAUACAAGCGGAAUUUAGGGUAUCUGCAGUUGCAGAAUCUCUAGCAACAGGCUUGUUUCUCGUUGGUUUUGGGGUUGGCGCUCCAAUUGCUGGCCCCCUGUCCGAAAUCGCCGGUCGAAAUCCCGUCUAUAUAAUCAGCUUUGUACUGUUCAUGCUAUGCACAAUGGGAGCGGGUCUGGCACCAAAUAUUGGCGCCCAGCUUGCUUUGAGGUUCCUUGCUGGCAUGUUUGGUAGUACUCCGCUUGUUUGCGCUGGCGGCACCGUCUCAGACUUGUGGGAUCCAGUCGACCAAAUUCACAUCUUCCCGAUUUACGCCACAGGAGGAUUUUUCGGCUUGGCGGUUGGACCAGCCAUUGGAGGACUUAUUGCGGACAGCAGGAUCGUGGGCUGGCGAUGGGUGGAAUGGAGCACGUUGGUUCUCUCGGGUGCUGUUCUCCUGCUGGUCUUGCUUUUUCAACCCGAAACAUUUGCGCCAACGCUACGUGAAUGGCAGACUGCCGCUGCCAUUGCGAAAGUUGCCUCGGGGGAUGGAGAGGUUUUCUCAGCCGGAAUUAUUGGGGAAACAGAACAGGUGUCUGGACUUCAGAGAUUCAAAGCUAAAAUUGGCCCUGCUCUCUAUCGACCGGUGCAGCUGUCUUAUUCCGAACCAAUCAUUAUUAUGAUUUCGGUAUAUCUUUCUGUGCUAUACAUUGUCAUCUUCACGUUUCUACCUGGCUAUACUUUCAUUUUCACAGACACAUACGGAUUUAGCCUGGCUGAACGGGGGCUUUCAUUCUUCGGAUUAGGCGUUGGUUUCUUGUUGACUUUGGCCACGGCAAUACCAAUCACCAUCCAUUCAAGGAAGCUUAUUCAAAGAGACGGCGGCCUCAGCCCUGAAUCUCGACUUUGGUUCGCCAUGAUUGGCGCACCUACAAUCCCAAUUGGACUUUUCUGGAUGGCGUGGACGACCAGGGCGUCAAUAUCGUGUUGGUCCGCCAUCGCGGCAUCCGCGCUCCUCGGGUUUGGCAUUCUAUGCGUUUUCAUCAGCAGCUAUCAGUACAUCAUUUAUACCUAUGAACAGCUAGCUGCCAGUGGGCUAGUUUUCGUAACUUUUACGAGGUAUCUAGUUGCCGGUGGAAUGGUGGAGGUGGGCAUUCCCAUGUACAAAAAUCUCGGCGUUGCAUGGGCUUUAACGCUGCUUGGGAUACUGAGUGUCGUGCUGAUUCCCAUUCCGUUCUCGCUGUUUUACUGGGGGCCUCGAAUUAGACAAUGGAGCAAACAUGUCAAAUAG